AUGACUACGACUCAGACUAUUACUAGCACGAUCAAUCAUUCUUCAUUCAAGCUUGCAGGUCCUUAUGGAGAUUGGCGAGAUGAACUUCAAUCCCAAGGUUUUGUGGUCAUCAAAAAUGUGAUACCGCUUGAGAAAGCGCAGUAUUAUCGAGAGAAGGCCUUUGAGUGGCUUAAAUAUUUCAAUCCGAGCCUUGACUUCAACGAUCCAUCUACAUGGGCAAACCAAGAUCUUCCAGUGCACGGCAAAGCCAAUAACUUUACUGGUUAUUCUGUGGUUCAUGAAAGGUUUAUGUGGGAAGCGCGGAUGGAGGCUAAGGUUUUGGAGGCAUUUGCCAAGAUAUGGGGUACCGAGGAGUUAUUGGUCUCCUUCGAUGCUCUUAACAUCACCUUACCCAACCGAGAAGAGAAGCCAGCCACAAAGCCGUGGCCACAUGUCGAUCAAUCGCCAUUUCGCCGAGGACUUCACUGCGUUCAAGGUAUCAUCAAUCUCAGCCAUGCUGGCCCUGAAGAUGGUUCGUUAAUCCUUCUGCCCAAAUCGAGUGCUCUGUCCGACGAAUUCUUUGAUACGCAAGUGGAUCCAUCAACUUGGCUCAAGAAGGACUUCCGAUUUUUCAGCGAAGAGGAAAUGAAAUGGUACGAAUCUCGUGGGAUCAAGCCUAUCAAGGUUCUCGCGGAACCUGGGGAUCUAAUCCUUUGGGAUUCACGGACCGUGCAUUGGGGUGGAGAGCCUACAUCCCAAAGUCGGAAUAUUCGGACUGUGAUUUAUGCUUCAUAUUCCCCGGCGAGUCUGGCUACAGAGGAGACUCUGAAGCGUAAGAAGGAAGCACUUGAAUCAUUCCGAGCCACCACGCAUUGGCCUCAUGACAAUGUCGUCCUCCGCGACAAGACUAUCCACCUGCCGGAUGGUACCGUCGAUCCUCGCAAUCGUUCUAAGCCUUUGGAGGAGCCAGAGUACACGGACCAGCUGCUUCGACUUGCUGGAGCGAAGCCGUAUUGA